GCAAAAGAUACAAAGUGGAAGAUCAUCUACUACCUCCAGUUUAUCCUGAACAUCAUAUCUGUAUAAGAAGAGAGGAAGGAUAUAUUAUUGAUACACACACAGAUUGUUGCACAGUGAAAGACCAAGUAACUCAUAAAAACUUUAAAAAUCAUAAUGUCACCAAGGAAAAGAAGAGGCACAGGGAAAAGAAAAAUCUGCACCAUGUGAAGAAUCCAGCGCCCACCGGCUUCAAAGGCGCUAUGAAUCAAUCGGCCGCUGUCUUUAUCUAUUGCCCCCCACCGCCCAGGUGCAGACCAGGAUGCUUCUGCAAUCUGCAUCGUGUCGGGCACCUGCCUAAUUUAGCUAUCAAUCAAGGCCCUAAAAUCAAACGUCCAUUGGCUUUAUCUCUUGUCCCCACAGCAUGCAGGCUGUUUUCAUUGGUUAGGGUCCUCCGGAAAUUUGCACCUGGUGGGGAGACCAGCGGAUUCUUGUGACCCAUUUCAAUUGUUGAAGUCAUGACAUGUAUAGACAGCACGUCUAGGCUGGUUCUGGGAACCGAAAAGAUCCAUGAUGUCAGAUAAACAGGCUAAUAUAAUAAGAAUGUCUACUACUCGAUUUGGGAAUACUGAAAUGAAUAUCAACAACAAUUGUCUGGCCUCAACAGCAUGAAUGCACAAGGUCAUCGGAUGAACAGAAGGAAAAUCAACAAAGGCGUACUGCAUGUGCAGGGUGCUGCAAAUGAAUUCAUAGCGAAUAAAGAGAAAAGGAAAAGCAGGUGCACAGCGUGUGAGAUGUAUGCAUCAAAGGAAUGGACUAAGGAAUAAAGAGAGAGUUAAAGAGGACUAUAUAAUAAUAGACACACCUGCUAGGCAAAGAGGCAAGAUUAGUUCAUACCUCGGCGGCACGGUUUUCCCCAACAUUGUAGCAAGAUCCUCCCAUGGCCCAACCAAAUGCCGGCAAUGACCUGUCGCCCCCGACGAUCCAGUGCUCAGAUGAUGAGGUGAAGGAUUUUCUUAAUUUUGUCAAAGCAGCGAAUGCAAAUCUGCGCCUCUCCAAUGCGCUCAUGGUCGCCAAUGCCGUCCUUGUGACAAUCAUGGUGGUGGUGGGCUCAUCAGGCCGGCGCUAUCGACACGCAGCGGUGACACGCUUCGUUUUCCUGGGAGCAUCCACACUGUACCUCCCCAUCAUCUCCUAUGUCGUCUCCUCCAUUGGCAAGGAAGACUGUGGCACAUGCAAGUACAACCUGAAAAUAUUGUGCCAUGGCAGGUCAUACUUGGCUUUGCUCCUGAUAUGGUCAGUUCUUGUCCAGAUUGUCGGGACAAAUACCAGCGCACUAGUUGCAUCUGCUGACGACAACCACAAGCUCGGACCCUCAAUCGAGUUGCUUGCUCGCACGGUCUGGACAUCAUACCUCGUGUUCUACUACUCGCAUUAUGGCUUCCUCACUGCAAGAGGGAAAGAGGAUUACAAGGCGGACCUGGACAAGGGAAUCGAUUACGACCUUGCGUCAAUGUUCCUCAUUGUUCUCUGUCUUCUCAGUCUUGCAAAGAUAAUGCUCAAGUUUUAUGCAUUUCAGAAAGCAAUUCAAUCUGUCGCCCUUGGGCUCAAUUCUCGUCUCAUUGCUGGAUACACGCAGAAAUUGCUAGCUGAUGAGAGCUGUCGCAGAUCAAUUCUCCCCCCACUUAUAGUGAUGGGGGAAGACAAACAGAAAAUUGAGGAAACGCCUCAUGGGUAUAGCAUCAAGGAAAGGAACAGCAGCUUGGUCACAGUCGACAUGGUUUGGGAGAUGACCAGCGACGCACUUCUGAUCCCUCGACCCUGGCUCAAGGAUCUAUGCCUCUCAUUUGCAUUGUUCAAGCUGCUUAGACGUCGGUUUGAAAUGACACAUAUUGUUGAUCCCACCAAAGCCUUCAGUUUCGUCUUGGAAGUGCUCCUCAACAGCAGCAGCCCUGAGAGGGUGUUUAGUGUGAUUGCAGAUGAGAUCUCCUUUGUGCUUGAUUCCUACUAUUCCUCCCUCCCCACUUCCAACUUUGGUAGGCUGCUGCCAGUUCUUAAUAUCAUCAUCUCCCUCUCCAUUAUAAUCUGGUGCUUGUUUGGGUGUGCUAUACCACACCGUUACAGCGUCCACUACCCCGGUCAGAUAUUCUGCACUCCGCACCCUUCAUCGUGCACGAUUCCAUCUCACUACCUGAAUUAUGACAUGGGCAGCAGAAUAGCAUUUGGAAACAUAAUCUACAACGUCUUGCCCACAUUCUCCCUUUUGGCAGUUGUCAUAAUCGCAGAAGCAUGGGAGAUCACAUCCUACUUGUGCUCCAACUGGAUCAAGGUGACCAUACUCUGCAGCUACAUAACCCAGCCUUCCUGGCAGAGGUCUCCUCGCAUGCAGAGAUGGCUUGGUCUUAUAUUGGAACUAAGAAUCAAAUUCAGAAGGAGCUGGAACGACCGCAUGGGUCAGGUGUCACUGAUACCUGCAAAUCACCAACAGCUGAAAAUGCGGCAUGGCCUGAGCUGGCUCUCCCUUCGUUUCUCAAAUCCAAGGAUCCAGCAUGUCCAAGUGCCAUCAGCGGUGAAGGCUGCCAUUGUCGAUGCGCUGAGGAGCAGCAAUGGUCGCCUAAGCAGAGGCAUGGCUGCACUCCGAAAUAGCAGUAUAGGAGAUCGCCUCCUGUGGGUGUGCGAAGGAGAAGGGACAUCUGAUGUGAUCCUCGCGUGGCACAUCGCCACCAGCAUCUUCGAGGCCAGGCACGGUGGAGCCUCCUCAACCAAGAGAACCGUCGCAAUUCAUCUGUCUCAGUACUGUGUUUACUUGAUGGCAACCGCUCCAGAGCUCCUUCCAGAUGACAAGGCAUGGUCCAAGAAACAGUACGAGACCAUUAGCAAGGAUAUUGAGCGUGUUCUUGCUGGCGACGAGCCAACGGAGGACGAGAGCAUGGUCGCGCUUUUGAACGAGAAGUCCGAGUAUGAGGUAGUCAAGAGAGGGGUGAAGCUGGGGAAGCAGCUGCUAGAAUUGGCUACAGAUGAUGAGGCAGGGUGGGCACUCUUGGCCAGCUUCUGGUCUGAGAUGGUACUGUACAUUGCUCCCUCAGAUAGCCUCAAGGCGCCCCACAAGAAGGCGAUAGCCCGUGGUACCGAGCCGCUGACACUCAUAUGGGCUUUGCUGACGCACGCUGGGAUCAUCAGUAGGCCAAACAUCCACACUGCUGUUUAGGUGCUUGUAUUUCAAGCUUGGUAUUAUGUGUGACUGUAGCUAUUUGUUCCCCUUUGUUUGUUUCUUUCCAAGAAUGUGCAAUGCUCUUGUUUCAUUAAGGCGCUCCCUUUGUUUGUUUGGCAAUGCUGAGUGGGUGUAUUAUGUGUAACCGUAUCCAUUUGUUUCCCAUGUAUCAUAUUGCUCCUUUACUAUGCCCAAUCACCCAGGACA